AGCAUAUCCAGCAGAGUAUAUCUGUCUAACCAUUACAAUCGCGCAUUGCGCCCCUGGCUUCGUGUGUGGUAAUGUGAAAACCUCCCCUUUUGAGGAGCGAUCACCAUGUCAUUCAACGAUGAUAUGUUCGACGAUGGUGAACUGUCGGUAGAAUAUUCUUCUGAAGAUAAUUCAGAACCUGAUGUGGAUCUUGAAAAUCAGUACUAUAUGGCGAAAUCCAGAAAGGAAGAUAAUCCACAACACGCGUUGGAAGAGUUCCAAAAAGUUCUCGAUAUAGAAGCUUCGGGCGUCAAGGGCGAUUGGGGAUUUCGUGCUCUUAAACAAAUGAUAAAGAUCAACUUUAAAUUAGGUAAUUUUGACGUAAUGAUGGAGAAUUACAAAACACUAUUAACUUAUAUCAAAACUGCUGUCACCAGGAACUACUCUGAGAAGUCAAUCAACUCGAUCCUGGAUUAUGUGUCAACCUCAAAGCAAAUGAAUUUACUGCAAAUGUUUUACGCAACCACUCUGGAUGCCUUGCGUGAGGCAAAGAACGAGAGGCUCUGGUUUAAGACGAACACGAAGCUUGGAAAACUGUAUUUAGAACAGGAAGACUAUAUGCAGUUGCAACGCAUCGUCAAAGAGCUUCGAGAUUCUUGUCUGACAAAUGAAGGGGAAGACGACCUGAAAAAAGGUACCCAGCUGUUGGAAAUUUAUGCUUUGGAAAUACAAAUGUACACUGCCCAAAAAAAUAACAAGAAGCUGAAGGCAUUGUAUGAACAGUCGCUUCACAUCAAAUCCGCCAUACCCCAUCCACUAAUAAUGGGAAUCAUUCGUGAAUGUGGUGGGAAGAUGCAUCUGCGUGAGGGAGAGUAUGACAAAUCUCACACAGACUUCUUUGAAGCAUUUAAAAACUACGAUGAAUCCGGUUGUCUUCGACGCACACAAUGUCUCAAGUACCUUGUGCUUGCCAGCAUGCUAAUGAAGUCUGGAAUUAAUCCUUUCGACUCACAGGAAACGAAACCCUACAAAAACGAUCCACAGAUUAUGGCGAUGACAAGUUUAGUUACUGCCUACCAAAACAACGACAUCGCUGAAUUUGAGAACAUCCUCAGAAGAGAGCGAGAUGCUAUCAUGGAAGAUCCGUUUAUUCGUGAACAUAUUGAAGACCUACUCCGCAACAUUCGCACUGAGGUUCUCAUCAAACUGAUUCGCCCCUACACCAGGAUUCGAAUACCCUUCAUCUCCCAGCAACUGAAUCUUAGUGAGAAUGAAGUUGAAAGCUUGCUCGUGGCCUGCAUUUUGGAUAACAGUAUUCCAGCCCGUAUCGAUCAAGAACAGCAGAUAUUGGUUAUGAGUACAGAGGUCACAUCUGAAGCCCGAUAUCAGGCGCUAGAUAAGCUAGCGCACCGUUUACGGCAUCUCCAAACCGCCUUGAGCAGUCGCUUGCCGGUUGUUGGGUGACAAUGAGGACGCCACUUUGGCUGAUCGCCUUCCAAAUAGGACAGCUUUAUGUAUCCAGACACGGAUCUUUCACCCAGUUCAGAAUCACUGACGUUUACGUGACUUAUGCCAUUGUUCGCUAAAUUACGUAUUCGUUGUACUUUCACACUUGUUUGUUUUCAAACAGGUUUAACAAAUGAUUUGCGCUUUUAACUUCUUUUUACAUAUAGGUUUCCAUAGUAUACGGAUUAC